ACCGCCGACACUUUGCGCGGCUAGGUUUAUUUUUUCUGACACGGCCCCACACUAUAAAACCGAUCGUCCGGAAGCAGCGCACGCUUAAUAUUACCUUGAUCUUGAACCGCGUCGCGAUCGGAAACGUCGCGCCGAAACGCCGUACCGGAAUCUUCUCUUGCCAAAUUCGAAGCCGGAAGUGUACACCUGUGAGGUGUGGUGUGUGUGUGUGCGUGUGUGUAUACGGAGAACCAGCUGACCAGCGAUGAUUAGCAUAGGCAGGCGGAACGAGCGGCGGCCAAUGGCGGUCGGGUUGGUGUGGAUCGUCCUCAUCGGAGUGGCCGUUGCGGCGCAGGAGCAAGGUGCCAAUGUGAAAGUGGAAAAGUCAGCUACAGUCGAUUCUUCAGCCCUGCUCGAGGCGGCGCUCUGUGCGGUCAAACCCAACCCGGGCCAGUGCGUACGGCAACAGGCCGCCCGUGUGCUGGGCAACUGGGAAGACAUUCUAAACGCCAAGAAGAUGGAAAUGCUCGCCGAGGCAGACAAGGAGGUCACGGCGCGACAGCAAAGCCGAGGUCUCAGCGAUGCUGAGAUUGCACGAGGCAAACCAUCCACCCUGAUGCAACAGAUCGAGACGGGUCUCGGUGCCCUUUCGGAAUUCGUAUCGGAAGGUGUUGAUGAAUAUGUAUCCGACAAGGAGGAGGGCAAGGAGGAGGAAGCCUCAUCGAAGACGCACAUCCACCAUCUGCUGAAGCUAGGUAACGCAGCCGGUCCGGCCCGGGACGGUGCCCCCGUCGGGCGCGCGGACGCCGACGACGAGGACUACCGCGAUCAGCUCGCUGCUGUGGAGGAUGGUUUGGUGGAUUAUGCUGGCUUGGCGGGCAGCCCGGAUAAAGCACUUGGUAGAGGCAAGCAAGAGGGUGACCAACUGGAUUAUGGGUUUGGUAGUGGCGAACCUAGUGCUGGUGGUCAUGGAGGUGGGUCUCGUAGCGCCAUUGGCGGCGACAGCGGCGAAGGCGAUAGGACGGCUACGACUGGCUACGACAGUGCGGUACAGCAAUCGGCAUCGGCGGCACAGGAGAGCAGGCGGGAGAUGGUGACGGGUAGCGAGCGAGUCCAGGGUGAGGUAGCGGAGGGGCGCCGUUUGGUUGCCACUUCGAAGCCGGCACCGACCGCCGCACCGGCCGUGCGCUUCGUAGACGAUGACGUCGGUGGCCUGCGAAGACGACGCAAGCGUAAGGGCAAGAAGAAGAAGACGUUCAUGAAGCUGUUCAUUCUGGGCGCGGCACUGAAGGCCAAAAUCGAACUGCUGCUCAAGAUCCUGUCGUUCAAGCUGCAGCUGAAGUUCUUCGCCGUUGCACUGAUCGGUCUGCUGAUCAACAUUGCCCGAUUCUGGAUCGAUUUCAAGAAGCAACCUUCUCCACAAAAGGUGAUCUACUACGAACAUGCGCAGCAUCAGCAUCACUACGACGAUCACGGUGACGGUGAUUUCGGUGGCUACUGGAAGCGAUCGCUGCACAAUAUCCAUGACGACGAAGGUCCCAGCUACCCGGGUGGACACGAUCGUGCGGAGCGUUACGACGAGCCCUACCUGUACCGCAACCCGAAGUACACCCCGUCCACAAACCAUUACGCACCACAGCUUGCCGAUCCGCACGCGAUGGCGUACCAGCAGCAGCGGCCAUACUAAUAAUGCAGGCGCGAUGCGCGUACGAACGCGAACCGCAUUUUCCUAGCACUGGGGUUACGUAUCCCACUCGAGAAUCCAUUCCAUCUUUGGUCCAGUUUGCGUUAGGUUGAGAGACACUUCGCGGAGCGAAAGGCAGGCAGCAUGUUUUAUCAUCACUCAUUAUCAUACUGUCAUUUUUUUCAUCGAUUUGUACAAAUUUCGAAAGGGAAACGUACAACACCCUCCAAUCCCUGGCCCUUCGAGGAUGCUGCCAGGAAGAAAGGCAUUUGUUUUCGUUAUAAAGCAUUCAAGAUUCCAAACACCUGGAUUUAAAGGAUAUUGGAGAGGAGAGGUUGUGCAUUUCUCUUACCGCUUGCCUUUUGCCGCGAUUGUUCGGAAGAGAAGAGAGAGAGAGAGAAAAUACUUAACGGAUUCUGGAAUACUCGUUUAGCUCACCUAAGACCAUCCGGCUAACCCCACAGAAGGGCGUUGAAUGGUGGGCCGUUAAUUUAUUAAAACUGUUAAUUUAUUGAAGUUAUUUAUUUGCUCACCAACUCGGCCGUUUAGGCUAAGCCUACCGGCAGCAAUCGAACGUUUCUGUUCGAAUGGUUUCCCAGUUUUUCCACCCCUGGUUUGAAGUGAAUUAAUGUUAAUGUUGUAGGUUACAAAUAAAGCCCUUAUGAAACGAAAA